AACUUGAAAAUCCAAUAACAAGAUGGACUCGUUAUAUCGAGGCCCAAGCAUUUAGGGUUCAGGGUUUCUGCACUGUGGAAGAAGAGGAAGAAUGCAAGAAGAAAGCGAGCCUAAGCUGAGAAACCCUGAAAUGGAAGGGUCCCGAAAGCCGACCACCGAGCCUCCCUCUACUGCUCUGGCUUACCAGGAUCCUCACUACUGGAACGAGAGAUUCUCUAAGGAGGAACAUUACGAAUGGUUCAAAGACUACUCUCAUUUUCGCCAUCUUAUUCAAGCCCACAUCCCUCCAACCUCCUCUGUGUUGGAGCUUGGUUGUGGGAAUUCACAGUUGUGUGAAGAAAUGUACAGAGAUGGAAUUACUGAGGUUACUUGCAUUGAUUUGUCCGCUGUUGCGGUCGAGAAGAUGCAGAAACGGUUGGAAGCUAAGGGGUAUAAAGAAAUAAAAGUGCUGGAAGCUGACAUGCUAGACCUGCCCUUUAAUGAUGAAUGUUUUGAUGUGGUUAUUGAGAAAGGAACCAUGGAUGUAUUAUUCGUCAACAGUGGUGACCCAUGGAAUCCAAGGCCUGAAACAGUAGCCCAAGUGAAGGCAAUGCUUGAAGGAGUUCACAGGGUUCUGAAACCAGAUGGCAUUUUUAUCUCGAUCUCUUUUGGCCAGCCACAUUUUAGGCGUCCUUUAUUUGAUGCUCCGGACUUCACUUGGUCUGUAGAGUGGAGCACUUUUGGUGAUGGAUUUCACUACUUUUUCAAUGUCUUGAGGAAGGCAAGUCCUGGGAUUUUUCGCUCUUAAUUGUGUCCUGUAGACAAUCUAUGUUCUUAUCGUGUAAGGCAUGCAGGGGAAGAGAUCAUCAAGUGACGAAGGGUCUAGUGGAAAGAAUGAAAUACCAUCCAUUUGUCUAUUUCAAGAAGAAUUAGAGGGAGAAGAUUUUAUUUUUCGAACCAACAUAGAUGAAAAUUCUUAGCAAUGGUUGUAACUUCUACAUGCUGAUUCUCUGCUUGUGUAUCCACUUGACAUUAAAUUAUAGUUUUAUGCAACAUAUAUGGAACUUCAGGUCAGUAUUCUUGAA